AUGUUUGGGUUCUGCUCUCAGCAGAGUGUUGAACUUUGUCGUGUAGUUUCCUUCUUCUGCAAUGAAGCCAUUGCUUCCAAAAAUAGGAAUAGCAAGUUUAGCAGUCCUUUUUGUGCCUUUCAGAACCCAUGUAUGGCAUCUAGUAUUUAUGAGCUCUUCUCAGAAGUGGGUGACCUAAAGCGAUGUACUGUACAUUACGAUAGAAGUGGAAGAUCAAAGGGAACGGCCGAAGUAGUUUUUUCACGCCGGAAAGAUGCUGAGGCAGCUGUCAAGAGGUACAACAAUGUUCAACUAGAUGGAAAACCUAUGAAAAUUGAGAUUCUGGGAACAAACAUUGCUACGGCUGCUGCUGCUGUGCCUCCAGCUACAAAUGUCAUGAAAGAAAGUCAUAAUGGUGCACCCAGAAGUCAAGGAAGAGGCGGUUACAUGGGACGUCCUCGAGGUGGUAGCGGUGGCCUGAGGAGGGGUCGUGGUCCUCAUGGACAGGGUAGAGAUCGUGGUGGAAAAGUAUCUGCGGAAGAUCUUGAUGCUGAUUUAGAAAAGUAUCAUGGAGAAGCAAUGCAAACAAAUUGAGGCAUUUAUGAUACAAGGUGUACGCCAAUUAGCUUGUUUGCAGAUCUUACUCUGGAACUUGCUCGACUAAUGACAUACUCCCAUAGAUGACUGUUUGGAUUUUGUAGUGAAGCAUAAGCUUCUUUUAUUGGUACUGAUAACUACGAAACAGUACCAGGCUUGAUGUUAACUUGUUUCUACAAUGUUUGUUUCUUUGUUUUGCCAAAUCUCCAAAUCAUUUUUUAACCUAAUUGUUUAAACUCAUGGGAAACAAGGAUUGGGCUGUUUUUUUUUUUUAUUUUUUUUUCUGGCUGGGGAAACAAGAGUGGUCUUUUGCCAUAAAGGUGAGGAGAUGCUGCAUAUUACUGGAACAGUUAUGCAGAAGCAUGGUAAUUGCUUAUGUGCAUUGAGCUGGGGAGCUGUCUCUACUUGGCACCCGUAUUCUAUUUUUGCUUCCUCUUUGUUAAUUAAAUGGUAGAAGUUGAGGUAACAUGUCAUUGUCUGUGAAUUCUGAUUUUGGGAAUUGGUUGCUAUUCCUCGUGAUCCUAUUUGGUUGGUUUGAUGUUGGGACGCAAUGCAUAUUUUGUCUUGUGAUGUUUGGAUCGAUAGCUUAUGUGAAAACUUUGGAAAUGAAAACCUUGACAUAAUAUUGUAGCUGAGUAGUAUAUUUUGG